UCCCCGAAAUCCUUCGAGUUUACUCAAAUCCAGACGAUGGCGGAGGGGGAAGAGGAGCGCACGGUGACGUGCGUGGCCCGCAGGGCGGUGUUUUCAGGCGGGGAAACAAAGUGGGUGUGGGGUGUGGGAGCCACAUCUGGAAUAGUAGCCAGAGAGAAAAAGAGUCGAGAGACGCAGAACCUCGCUGAUAGUUCCGCAACUGUCCACCUCAGCACUCCGCGUCCACGGGAACAACUUUGCCUUUUAAAAUACUUGAAAAUGCUGCUCAUCCUGCUCGGAGUGCUCAUCUUGCACUUAAUCAUCCUCCUGCUCCUCAUAAUUUCCACGGCAGCCAGCACUUGGACUGUGUCUGGGACCUUGACCACAGAUCUCUGGUACUCUUGCUCUAAUGUAAAUGGAGGCUACCACUGCAAGCCAGCCAGUAAUGAAGACUGGAUCCAGGCGGUGCAAGCCCUCAUGAUCCUCUCCUUGCUCUUCUGCUUCUUCGCCCUGAUCGCGUUUGUGUUCCAGCUCUUUAAACUGGUCAAGGGCGGCCGCUUCUUCUUCACCGCCAUCUUCCAGAUCCUGGCCAGUCUGUUCGUGAUGUGCGCCGCCAUCAUCUACACCGUCAUGAGCCCGGACAACAUCGCCGGGGCCAGCUUCGGCUACGCCUACGUGUUGGCCUGGGUGGCCUUCCCGCUCUGUCUCAUCAGCGGCCUCAUUUACAUCGUCCUGAGGAAGAAGGAAUGAGGGCGGGGUAGUCAGGAGACCCUCGGAUCGGAACACCGCACUGUGCCUACUGCCCACAGACCACAGACUGACACUACACUUUAACAUGUCUUACCAUCAUUCCCUGAUACAUUGAAGGCAUCUCUCACCGUGAGAGUUUUUAGAAAUUGGCUUUCAUGUCGCACCCAAACAAAAGGUCUUCUGUCUCCGUGUGCUUUGAAAGAGUUUCAAACCCGACUUCCACUCAUCCCGUGGUCGCAGCACAUAUUCCCGCCUUGCUCCAGUACAAAGUUUGUACAUAGCGUCUGUGGUUUUUAGACAUAUUUAUAACAUUUUUACCUUCAUUUUUAUUUUUUUUUUGUACAUAGAGUUGUCAUGUUAACAUUGUCAUGCCAAUUUACGUGAUGGAGUUUGUGUCUCUCACCAAUCAUGCAGCUGUGCCAAAGAAAUGUAACUUCAACUUCAAGCUGUUUUUGACUCUUAUUUUUCUUUUUUUUUGACUGUCAAAAGCUUUGAACUAUGUGCCUUAACUUUGGAUGUUACGUCCUUUUCCUGACGGAAAAAAAAAAAAAAAAUCAAAUAGCUUGAGAACAAUGAAGGUUUUGGUUUUUUUCCUGAACUAUUGUACUUGAUAUUCCAAAUAAAUUUUGUAUUCUAGUUUUGAAAAUGGUGCUUUUUUUUCCUUCUACUAUACUGAGUUAUAAGCCUAUGUUGUGUAUCUAUGUUGCAAGCUUGUUUUGUGCUGUGAUUCAUUUGCUUUGUACAAACCCAUCUUGUCAUUUGUUCUCAGUGUUCUUCUAAAUAAACCUUUGAAAAUCCACAGUG